UCAAAUUAUAAUUCAGAUAGGACCUCGUGAAAAUUAACACGUUUCACGAAAAUAAUUCAGUGAAGUGUUAAGAUGAAAGUGUAUUUUUGUUUUUUGUUUGUGUGUCAGGCUAUCAAUGUUACGGUUUCAUUCGGAGACUAUGUUUACAAUAACGAUCCUGACGCGGCUACCCAAGGCUACAGGUUCUACCACGGCUGGAACGACCGGCUGCUCAUGGAGGUGUGGCUGAACAACAUGCAGCCAGGAGUCACAGCCGACAUCGUCACAGACACAGACACUCCUAAGCAAAUAUCGGCUCACCGCACAAGCGACCGACAGAUAUAUUUUCUGGUACAAAUGCCGUUACUAUCCGAAACUUCAACAUCAAUUUACGUGAACAUAUGCUUAGACGGUUCCUGUAUCCGGAAGAAACUGGCUGAAGGAGUGUUCGUUAAACGGAAGAGUUCAGUGAAAGAUGUCUGUCUUCGCGACAUACCGUGUCAAGUGGAAGUGAAUAUGACAGACGAGCCCUCAGGCAAACCCAGCAGUAUUACAAUGCCUAAGCCUACAAUGACUAAGCAGAACAGUUACCAGACAGGGCAGGGAUCCUCAAACAAUGCCAGGAGUGAAACGCGCAGAACAUAUACUGCACGUGCACGAGAAACGAAAACCUUUAGACAUCCUAAGCAGAUCAGACCAUUAGCUAUACCUUUAGCACCUAAUAACUUGCAAGAAGAAUCAAGGACCAGUAAAGAUGUAACUACAGUGAUAUUAUCAGUAGUAUGCACGGUGGGAUUCAUCAUGCUAGUUGUCGGAAUUCGGAAACGAUGCAACUGCACUUGUGACGCUGGGAUAUACCAACCGAGGAUUAAUUACUUAAAAAAUAGAUUCUACGUGAACAUGCUGUUUCGCAAGGAAUGUGACGCCGAGAUUCGGGAAAUAGAACAACAUAAAUACGAGGAAAUUGAGCGCCAUUACGAGGAAAUCAAAUGAAUAUGUCUGUCUGUCUGUAACUGAUAAUUCGCGCCGUCGUCGGGUUCACAGGAAAAUAUACUUAAACGAAAC